UUAGCACACUUGUCUAUUUCGGCUUGCCGUAGAAGUCGAUGUGCGGCCGUAAGUCAGCAGGGGAGAUGUGCUCCGCACCGUUUGGCUAACAUAGAGCAGAAUGUCAUGGAAUUAAAAUUAAAAGGAUGAUAAACAUGCGCGAAAGAACAAUGUCGUGUUUACCUGACAGAAGUGCGAAUCGCUUCUGAUUGUUUGCAUUCAAUCACUGGAAGGACAAGGCAGAAGCACACGGAGAACCGAAAUCCUCCUGUCCGUUUUGUCCUACACAGAGCGCCGGCGGAGUAUUUGUCUUUGAAAGUGAACUGCGCAAGGCCAUGAUGCUCCAUUAGCCGAACUGAUAUAACGUUAGUACAGCAGCUUAGAUGGUAUUCGUACACGGACACACAUUUAAAUCUGCACAGAAACAAGAGCCGUGAAAACAAUGAGGAAGGACGUAAGGAUAUUACUCGUGGGGGAACCCAAAGUUGGGAAGACAUCCCUAAUCAUGUCCUUGGUCAGCGAGGAGUUCCCUGACACGGUUCCUCUUCGUGCUGAAGAAAUCACCAUCCCUGCUGACGUAACACCAGAGAGAGUCCCCACGCACAUUGUAGACUACUCAGAAGCAGAACAAUCCGAUGAACAGUUGUAUCAUGAAAUUUCAAAGGCUAAUGUGAUAUGCAUAGUGUACUCUGUCAACAACAAGAAGUCCAUUGAAAAGGUGACGAGCCACUGGAUCCCGCUCAUAAACGAGAGGACAGACAAGGAUAGCAGGUGUGUGUGUGUGUGUGUGUGUAACAGUGAGACCAUAGAGACAUUUUCCGGAUGUGAAGGAAAACUGAGGUUUUGGCUUUUUGAAGAGACUUUUUUUGUUUUUCAGUGCUCUGCAAAGAACCUGAAGAACAUCUCUGAGCUGUUCUACUACGCCCAAAAAGCAGUUCUGCACCCCACGGGACCCCUGUACUGUCCCGAGGAGAAGGAGAUGAAGCCCCCAUGCAUCAAAGCCUUGACCCGCAUCUUCAAAGUGUCCGACCUGGACAACGACGGCGUCCUCAACGACCUCGAGCUCAACUUCUUUCAGAGGACGUGUUUCAACAUCCCGCUGGCGCCUCAGGCGCUGGAGGACGUGAAGAAUGUGGUGAAGAGGAACAUGGCGGACGGUGUCCAUGACAACGGGCUGACGCUCAAGGGGUUCCUCUUCCUGCACACCCUCUUCAUCCAGCGGGGGCGGCAUGAGACCACCUGGACGGUGCUGCGGAGAUUCGGCUAUGACGACGACCUGGAGCUCACACAGGAGUACCUGUUCCCCCCGUUAAAAAUACCCCUGGACUGCACCACCGAGCUCAACCACAACGCUUACCUCUUCCUCCAGAGUGUGUUCGACAAACACGACAAGGACAGAGACUGCGCCCUGUCCCCGGAGGAGCUGAAGGACCUCUUCAGGGUCUUCCCUUACAUGCCCUGGGGCCCCGACGUCAACAACACGGUCUCCACCAAUGAGAAGGGCUGGAUCACCUACCAGGGGUACCUGUCACAGUGGACGUUAACGACGUACCUGGACGUGCAGCGCUGCCUGGAGUACCUGGGCUACCUGGGCUACUCCAUCAUCUGCGAGCAGGAGUCCCAGGCGGCGGCCAUCACAGUCACUCGGAACAAGCGCAUCGACCUGCAGAAGAAGCAGACGCAGCGCAGCGUGUUCCGCUGCAACAUCUUCGGCGCCCACGGCAGCGGCAAGAGCGGCUUCCUGCAGGCCUUCCUGGGCCGCAGCCUGCAGAGGCAGAAGACGAUUCGGGAAGCCCACAAAUCGCUCUACGCCAUCAGCACCACCUACGUCUACGGGCAGGAGAAGUACUUACUUCUGCAUGAGGUCGUGCCCGACUUUGACGUCCUCUCGGACAGUGACCUCACGUGUGAUGUCGUCUGCCUGGUGUAUGACAUCAGCAACCCCCACUCCUUUGAGUACUGCGCGAAGGUGUACAAGCAGUACUUCCUGGACAGCAAGACGCCGUGCAUGGUGAUCGCGGCGAAGGCGGACCUGCACGAGGCCAAGCAGCUGCACAGCCCCGGGCCCGCCGAGUUCUGCCGGAAGCACAAGAUGCACCCGCCGCAGCCCUUCACCUGCAACGCCGCCGACCCGCCCAGCAGGGACAUCUACAUGAAGCUCACCACCAUGGCCAUGUACCCCCACGCCCGGUUGUGCUGUAUGUGCACCUGGAACAGGUGUACCUACUGCAUCUGUCAGAACCUGCUCCUCUCUGAGCUGCUGCAGACUGUAAAGGCCAGGCUGUGCGCUGCCGUUUUAAACAGGUUGCGUCCCCGCGUCGCCGAGCUCGGCGCCCUUCUGUUGCCGGACGCGGAGUCCAGCCUGACCCAGCAGGUUCACGCGGUCAGCCGCGUCGAGGAAUCCGCCUACAUGGAGUCUUCCGCGCGCCCCUCUACGCACAGACACGUGACCCAGGGUGACACGAAGAGUUCUGGCUUUUGGCUUCGGGCCAGCGUUGGUGCCACAGUGUUUGCUGUUUUGGGGUUUGCCAUGUACAGAGCACUCCUCAAACCACGAUGAUCCUCCAUCCCCCCCCCCCCCCCCAAAAAAAAAAAUCAACCUUCAUCCCCAUCAUGGCAGAAAAAAAGAACAGGUCAUUUAAAAAAUGUAAUGUUUAUUUAUUAGUCUUGCUGAUGUUUUCUUUUUUACCCCUCAUUGAAAUUGAAAUCGAUUUUUGUUGACGACACCCCCCCCCCCCACCCUUGGUGCUAUAGGUUGAAGGUGCAGCCAGUUCUUUGCCACGGUUGUUUUUAACGGUGUGUGUUCUCAGCAAAGUGUAAGCUGUUUUACACGGGCAUAGAGAAAGCAUUUUCUAGCAAGACGGGACAGAGUGCCAUGUAAAUAGAUGUAUAUAAUGGUAGGAUAUCGUUCUUCUAAUUGCCCCUCGAAACACUGAUAAGGAACAAGCUGAAUAAAGGUUUAUAAGCUACUGUAUAAUGGGAGAAUUACUACUGAAAUCCUUGCUUUAUUUUGGAAAUGUGUUUUUUUUUUUCCGCAUGUUAUGCUAUAUUUAUUUUUUUUCACUUGUUUGUAUUGCAUGAUGACACAACCCUACAUUUUCAUUUUCAACUGCCAUUAUUACUGAUAUAGACAGUUAUAUAUAUAUAUAAAUAUAGUGAUAUAGUUUUUUAUUAUUCCUGUUAUUAAUAAUUGCCUUUUACGGUUUGGGGCCUGACCGUGUGCAGCUCCUAAAAAGCCUUGUCCUAUUCGGUUUCUCCUGUCCCUGCGCCUGUGGGAGGGGCCUAUUUCUGCCCCCUCCCCCUUCCCGUCCUGUGGGCGCGGUGCCCCUGGACCCCUUCGCCCGUCCGGCGUCGCCAGACCCCGGGGGGUGGCACGGCUCGUUUGUUUGCAAGGCUGCGCCCGCGCACUUCGCCACGUUCCGUUUCCCUUCUCAUCCCGCUGACGUUUCCCGGUAUCGCUAUUUAUUUAUUUUUGUGUUAUUUUCUUUUCCCUUGAUAUUUAAGUCACUAUGUUGAAUACAUAACGCCCGUCAAUAAUAGGUCUGCUAUCCUGUACCGCUCUUUCAAUGCACACCCCCCACCCCCCCCCCCCACCCCAAAGACUGUUUUGUGCCAUUUAACUUUUUCCUACAUUUACAAUAAAUACCUGUGUGCUGAAA